UAAGUUUGUCAAACACCAGAUGAGUAAACCCGGCUGAAUAGGAUACUAAGGAAAAUAGAUGUGUGUAAAGCUCUAUAGUAUCACUCCCGUGUUCCUUGUGAUGUAUCUCGUUUUGAGCGUUCGGCCUAUUCAUAAAACUUCCUACUUCUACUUAUGGAAUGCCAAACGCUCCUUCCUCGCAGGAAGAUGGCAGCAAAAUCGGUUUUCGCUUCUGUCAAAACUUGGAGAAAUCACCCACUUCUAAUUGCUCCAUAUUCGCACAUAUACAUUCGACCGUGUCGCCCUGGAAGUGGUUGGACGACAUGGCAAUACAGAACCUCAGACAUAGAUAUCGUUUGGAGAGGCUCUAUGACUCCCGUUCAAUACUUUGUCGUGCCCAGUCGAAUUACUGGUUUGACCGAUUAUGGGAAUUUAUUCCCAAGCGUUCAUGGGUCCCAACGCCUGCAUAUUCAGCUAAGAUGCAAGGCACCAAAGCCCAGGGCUCGUACGAAAUCAAAUCACUCGAUAACCAGGGAGACUCCCAGACCGUCGAGUUCGAACCAUGCCGCGAGACUCUCAGAGUCCAUUUGGAAAAGGUUCCUAACAGUGUACAGCAUCCACAGGACGACGGCAGUCUUAUAGACAAGGGUGCGAAUAAUAACAUACACUUGGCACAAAUCAUCCUUGUGAUAGUAAUGCUAGGGGCUGUUGUUCUUGGCUUGCUGGUGUUUAUUUCGAGAAGGCAGCAGAGACUUGCGAGCUUUUCCCACGAACAGGACGAGCCACACUACAAGGAGUUGGUUGGAAUUUAUGGCCCCCAAGAGUCAUCUAGACCCCAAAUGGUGCGCCUUCAGGGAGUCAUCGCCGAUAGGGGCUGCAGGGAUGGUACCGGCACGGGGGGAAGGAAUCCCCUCCAUUUCAAAGGGUUCUCCGAAAGCGAAGCCAUGGCCACUCUACUCGAGCAGAGCUCCAAUAAAAUCCCCGGUUUGGCAAAGCAUACUUAUCGAGGGUUAUUAUUGAGUCUGGUUCGUCUCAGCCCAGUGAGGUUGAACGAAAAGAAUCCUGUGAAGGUACAAGGAGAGCUUGUCAGAAUCCCUGUACUUCCCCGGGCUCCAAAUGCAACCGUUCGGGAGCCGUUAUCGCGAAUCAAACCGCAUCGCACCCACAGUGCUCAUGGCUAUUUCAGAGAGGGCAGAAUGGAUAGGACCCCGAGGUUUCAGAGCCACACCGAAAUCGAAAAGGGCUGGAAUAACACACCAGAAAGCGGCUGUGAUGUCAUUCGCAGAUAGUACGGCACAAGUCUCAGCUUUUAAAUUAAUUCUCCAUAAUCAUUCGAGCCAGCACAGUUCUGUCCUUUCAGCUAUUUUUCAGCAGACGUCCUAGCAUUGUAGUUAGUUAGUACUUGGUACUUAGUUAUUAGAUGGGUUUUUGGGCAACGACUCAGCAACUCAAUAUUAUGGAGAACCCCCACUAGUAUUUUUGCCCCAAUAUAACACCGUGACACCAUUGGUGAAGUCUAGAACAGUACCCCGUAAUGCCAUAUUCGGUGGCUGAGACGGUUGCUGUUGGACCUGUUAGCGAAGGUU